UGUCCGUGCGCGCGCGGCGUUCGCACAAGUGCAAACACGUUCAUCUGUGAUUCACAAAAUGUCGAAACGUAAGCACGAGGAUGAAUCAUGCGAAGAAAAGUGGUUACGGAAAAUGAAAAAAUAUGAGCGUAAAUUGCAAGCAAAACGGUCUAGGCGAAUAAUUUACUCGGACGAUGAAAAUGAUGUGCAAAAUGAAGAACAUCUUCAAGAUGAUCCGGGUUUACCCGUCAACUACGGGGAUUCUGAAGAGAAUCAUGAUUCUUUACUACUGAUUGAUUCAGAGGAAUCGCAACAGAAUAACAACGCAGAUAUUUAUAUUCCGGAAGACAACCCACCUGAAGAGGAGGAUGCGUUCGACCCAACACUUCUUCAGGCCCUAGGUCAUCUAGAACCAGAGACAACCGAAUUCGGCGAAAAUAUUCAAACUGAUUUAGCUAAGCAGUUAGGAAAUAUUUUGCUAUGUGGCCUUAAAAAGGAAAAUAAAGAAGAACUUUUAAAAAAGUAUUUAAUCCCUCAGAAUUUGCCAUUAGCUAAGAGCCCCGAUUUAAAUCCUGAAAUAGGAGGUAUGCUGGCGGAAGUAUGCAAAUCACGUGAUAAGAGAUUACUAGCUAAGCAAAACCAACUUGGCAAAUCUUUGUCGGCAUUAGGCAAGGCCAUAACAGGACUGUUAAAAAAGGACCCAGAUGUACCCGAUAUCAUCCGUACGUUGAAUGAUGCAGCCAAACUAUUAGCUGACUCUCACUUCACCGAGACAGAUACCCGACGUACGGUUAUUAUCCCGUUAAUUGAUAAAUCCUUAGCGGAGCCUUUCAAGGAAAGAAAAAGAGACCAGCUCUUAUUCGGAGAGAACUUAGGAGAUCUAGUCAAGAACUCCAGAGGAAUAAAGCGAACUAGUCAAAUGAUUCAAGCAUCUGCUAGCACCUCAGCCUCGAAUUUAAACGGGAGAGGCCCAUCGAACCGAGCGCGGCAGCAACGAGUCACCGCAACCUACCAGUACCGGACCGGUGGGCCGAGACCAACACCGUCAUACCCCAGCCGCCGACGAGGAUUCCCGCCACCUCCACCUCCACCGCAGCGAUUCAUUCGUCGUCAGCCUCCACCGCCGCCGCCACCGCGUCGGCAACCCCCAGUAGCCGCACAUCGGCCCUCGUUCAACCGGUCAGCGUAGCUCAUCAGGUCGACGCACCCGUUGCACCGACACCUUUCCCUGGCAGCGUGUGUGUUAUCCGGGAAGGUUUCCGUAAACAAUUAAUACCAGAGUCGGCUCUGGACGUCAUGGUUGCCUCAAUAGCAAAAAAUACUAUUACUCAGUAUACGUCUAGUUUAACACGAUGGUGGGAGUAUUGUACAAAAAAUGGAAUAGAUUUUUUUGAUGUUAACAUUAAUUCUUUGAUAGGAUUUCUCUCUCAAUGUUUU